AUGGUGCUGAUUUGCUGGCUGGCUGUGACUCUUUGGGGUUGUGUGGCUGUUAGGGGUGACCAGUUGAAGCAAGCCCGCACCCCUCUACUGCCACAUCGGCCAUUUGUGGUGGUGUGGAAUGCACCGACAGAAUCCUGCCGCCUUCGCUUCAAGGUGGACUUGGAUCUGAGUGUCUUUGACAUCGUGGCUAACCAUAAUGAGACAUUGAGUGGCCCAAAUGUCACCAUUUUCUACCACAGUCACCUUGGAUACUAUCCCUACUACACCGGUUCUGGAAUACCCAUCAAUGGUGGCCUGCCACAGAAUCAGAGCCUCAGCAAACAUCUGAGCAAAGCCAGGGCGGACAUUGACAAACUCAUUCCCUUCAAGGACUUCCGCGGCCUGGGCGUCAUUGACUGGGAGAACUGGAGGCCUCAGUGGGUGCGCAACUGGGGUUCCAAAGACAUCUACCGAAAUAAGUCCAAAGAGCUCAUAAGGAAGACUCAUCCUGGUUGGCCUCAGAGUAAAGUUGAACAUGAGGCUAAGGAGCUUUUUGAGAGGGCAGGACAGGAUUUCAUGAACUCCACCCUGUUACUGGCCGAAGGGCGUAGGCCAAAUGGUCUAUGGGGCUUUUACCUGUACCCAGAUUGUUACAACUAUGGCUACAAGCAACAUCCACAGCACUACACUGGGGAGUGUCCCAAUGUGGAGCAUGUUCGAAAUGACCACUUGAUGUGGCUUUGGAAAGAGAGCACAGCACUCUAUCCAUCUAUCUAUCUUGACUAUGAGCUCCAGUCCACUCCCAACACUGUUAAAUUUGUGCACUAUCGUGUGAAGGAGGCCAUGCGCAUUGCCUCAAUAGCAAGAAAUGACUUCACGCUUCCAGUAUUUGUCUACUCAAGGCCUUUCUAUGCUUACACAUUUGUAGUCCUCUCUGAGAGUGACUUGAUACACACCAUUGGGGAGAGUGCAGCACUGGGAGCAGCAGGAGUCGUACUGUGGGGUUCUUCCGAAUAUGCCCGAUCUCAGCGGAACUGUCUAGCGGUGAAGAAGUACAUCGAUGGGCCCCUGGGUCACUACGUCAUGAAUGUGACCUCUGCGGCUAAGCUGUGCAGCAAAGCUUUGUGCAAAAAAAAUGGCAAAUGUGUCCGAAAGAGCCUGGACUCUGGGGCUUAUCUGCACCUUAACCCGCGAUUCUUCAACAUCAGACGUAGCCUGGGUCCUCAAGGGCCCCGGUUCCACGUCAGCGGGCACCUCAACUACCACGACAUUCUGGACAUGAAGCACAAGUUCACCUGUCAGUGUUAUCAGGGCUGGACAGGCAUCUACUGCGAGAUGCCACAGGUGCCACGCCCACCACCCUUCCACCCCAGGGACAGCUUCCUUGGGGAGUUGCUGGCAGUUCUGUCCCUACACUUUUCCUGCCUCUCUGUGAUCAUGUUUCUGGGCCUGUGCCUCAUCAUUAAGUGUUUGAUAUUGUAG